UAGUUUCCCAAAAACAUGUCCACCUCCAUCCUUCAUCCUUUGUCCAACGAGCCCUGGAACUGCAUGCUCCCGGGCCCGCCCAGCCGCAAUAACUUCGGCUCCGCCGAUCUCAGCCCUUCCGGCCUCCUCGCCUUCGCCUCCGGCUCCUCCGUCUCUGUUGUCGAUUCCCGUUCCCUCCAGCUCGUCACCACCGUCCCUCUCCCUUAUGUCCCCUCCCCACCUUCCUCUUCUCCUCCUCCCAAUUCCUCCGCUCCUGUCUCUACUUUCGUCACUUCCGUUCGUUGGACUCCACUCCCUCCCCGCCGCGACCUCCUCUCCACCGAGCCUUCCUCUUCCCACCUCAUCAUCGCCGCCGCAGACCGCUACGGCCGUAUCUCUCUCGUCGAUUUUCGCCUGCGUUCCAUCGUCCUUUCCAUCGAUCCUCCCGAUCAUUCGUCUAAAUGGGGUGUCCAGGACCUCUGUUGGGUUCAGGCGCGACCCGAUUCUUUUCUCCUCGCUGCUCUAUCGGGCCCUUCUCAUGUCUCUUUCUUCAACACUUCUACUUACCGGUUCAGCUUCAAGUACGAUGCUUCGCCGGAACAUCUGUCGUGUAUCCGCCGUGAUCCUUUCGAUUCCCGCCAUUUGUGUAUCCUCGGGCUCAAAGGAUUCCUUCUUUCAAUCAAAGUGUUGGGGGAAACAGAAGAAGAUAUUUCCCUCAAGGAGCUUUUGAUUCGAACUGACUGUAAAGAGUUACUGAAGCUAGAAAGAGAUGCUGCUGCGGCUGGAAAUUCCACUUUCGCUCCCGCUUCUGCUGCUUUCCCGCUAUAUGCAGUGCGUUUGGCGUUUUCGCCUCACUGGAAACACGUGAUUUACGUGACAUUCCCGAGGGAAUUGGUGGUUUUCGAUUUGAAAUAUGAAACGACGCUGUUCUCGGCUGCAUUGCCGCGCGGCUGCUCCAAGUUCCUUGAUGUGUUGCCCGACCCCAAUCAGGAGUUGCUUUAUUGUGCCCAUCUUGAUGGCAAGCUCAGUAUCUGGCGGAGGAAAGAAGGAGAACAGGUACAUAUACUGCGCACAGUGGAAGACUUGAUGCCAUCAUUUGGCUCAUAUGUCCCUUCACCAUUUCUUCUUUCGGUCCUUAUCAGCCAAGCGGACGCAACACUACAAAAUAUCGGCAAGCUUUAUUCCGGUUCAUUGAAUGCUACAUCGGAUGUGGAUUUUGAUAACCCUUUCGAUUUUUGCGAUGAUAAUCUUCUUGUUUCCAAGACACAUUUGAUAUCCAUUUCUGACGAUGGCAAACUAUGGAGCUGGAUCUUAACUGGUGAAGGGGUUGGAGACACACAGAAUGAUGUUACGAAAAAUGCCGAUGUAAACGCAGAGUCAUCUAGUACAAACACCAUUGUUUCUUCUAUUGAUGAAUCCACUGUAGAAGGUACCACGCAGCAGCACAAAUUAAAUGGUAGCAGAAGUCAACUGCCAGGCUAUAUAGUUGACCACCCGGAUGUUACAUUUAAGAUCAGCUUAAAUGGACAGCUUCAGCUUCUUUCUUCGACUGUGACCAUGCUGGCAGUGCCAUCCCCUUCCUUAACCGCUAUCUUGGCUCGUGGUGGAAAUAGUCCUGCAGUAGCUGUUCCACUAGUUGCUUUGGGAACUCAAAGUGGGACAAUUGAUGUCAUCGAUGUCUCCGCCAACGCUGUUGCCGCGGGUUUUUCGGUUCAUAGUAGUAAAGUGAGGGGUCUAAAAUGGCUUGGGAAUUCAAGGCUGGUUUCUUUUUCUUAUACAGAGGUGAAUGAUAAAAUUGGAGGCUACAAUAACAGACUAGUUGUGACUUGUCUUAGAAGUGGGCUUAACAGAACUUUUCGGGCCUUGCAAAAGCCAGAACGUGCAGCUGUAAGAGCUUUGAGGGCAUCAUCUUCUGGAAGGUAUCUUCUGAUUAUAUUUCGAGAUGCACCUGUUGAGGUUUGGGCAAUGACAAAAAAUCCUAUCAUGCUUAGAUCAUUAGCUCUUCCAUUCACGGUAUUGGAAUGGACUCUUCCAACAGUUCGCCGACUAGUUCAAAAUGGUCCCUCUAAACAGUCACUAUUUUCCUCUCAAGCUAAUACAGCUGCGGCUCCAGAAGAGGCAGCCUCAUCUGCAACGGCAUCUUCAUCAGAUACCAAGAGCUCAGAUGGCUCACAUGAAGACAAUUCUGAGAGUUUUGCUUUUGCAUUGGUUAAUGGUGCACUUGGAGUCUUUGAGGUUCAAGGCAGGAGGAUCCGAGACUUUAGACCAAAAUGGCCUACUUCCUCAUUUGUUCCAUCUGAUGGAUUGAUUACUGCCAUGGCCUACCGCUUGCCUCAUGUUGUUAUGGGGGACAGGGCUGGUUAUAUCAGGUGGUGGGAUGUAACUACUGGCCAAUCUUCCUCAUUCAACACUCAUAGGGAAGGAAUCCGAAGAAUCAAGUUCUCACCUGUUGUUGCUGGGGACUGUAGUCGAGGGCGUGUUGCUGUACUAUUUUAUGACAAUACAUUUUCUGUAUUUGAACUUGAUUCACCGGAACCAUUGGCCAAUUCUCUUUUACAACCUCAAUGUCCUGGAACCCUUGUACUGGAAUUGGAUUGGUUGCCUUUGUGGAAUGACAAGAAUGAUCCACUGGUUUUGUGUAUUGCAGGAGCUGAUAGUAGCUUCCGUCUUUAUGAGGUUAUCAUAAAUGAUAAAAGAAGGAUCCCUGGGUUUCACCAACGAAGUAUAAAAGAGAGAUUCCGGCCGAUGCCUUUAUGUUGUCCCAUAUUGCUUCCUACACCUCAUGCAUUGGCACUACGAAUGAUCUUACAAUUGGGUGUAAAACCCUCUUGGUUUAAUACUUUAGGUACAAGUGUAGAUCAGAGGCUCCAAGCCGUUACAAGAAGUAGGUCAUUCUCAGGGGAUCUUCGCAGCUACAUGAUUGAAUUACCACCUAUCGGCGAUUCUGUAGUACCAGAGUUACUCCUGAAAGCAUUAGAACCUUAUAGGAAGGAAGGCUGCUUAUUUGAUGAGGAAAGGGCUAGAUUGUAUGCUACCAUCGUCAAUAAGGGUUGUGCUGCAAGGUUUGCCUUUGCAGCUGCUACGUUUGGCGAAGUCUCAGAAGCACUUUUCUGGUUGCAGUUGCCUCGUGCUAUGAAUCACUUGAUGAAUAAAUUAGUAAAAAGGUCUCUGGAGAAGUCACCUAUUUUACAAAAUUCAGAGCUUGAUGACACAUCUCUACUUGGUAGAAUAACAUCAAAGGGGAAAUCAACACCAGAAACUGGGUGGGGGGAUGCAUUGAGUCACUAUCAGCUUAGGUUAAUGGCUUUUGAGCAAGAAGACUUGUGGCAAAGUGCUAAUGAGCGUAUCCCUUGGCAUGAGAAACUGGAGGGAGAAGAGGCAAUUCAGAACCGUAUACAUGAUCUUGUCUCAGUAGGGAAUUUGGAAAAUGCUGUCAGUUUAUUGCUUUCCACUUCACCAGAGAGCCCUUACUUCUAUCCAAAUGCUCUACGUGCCGUUGCUCUUUCAUCUGCAGUGUCGAGGUCUCUUCUUGAACUUGCAGUUAAGGUUGUAGCUGCUAACAUGGUGAGAACCGACAGGUCACUGUCCGGCAUUCAUCUUCUAUGUGCAGUUGGAAGGUAUCAAGAAGCUUGUUCACAGCUACAAGAUGCUGGAUGCUGGACUGAUGCUGCUACUUUAGCAGCAGCACAUUUAAGGGGAUCUGAUUAUGCAAGGGUUUUACAAAGGUGGGCUGAGCAUGUCCUUUCUGCAGAACACAACAUUUGGAGGGCUCUUAUAUUAUUUGUAGCGGCGGGGGCAAUGCAGGACGCAUUAGCAGCGCUUCGAAAAGCAAAGCAACCGGACACGGCUUCCAUGUUCAUAAUGGCUUGCCGUGAAAUUCAUGCAGAAAUUAUAGCUAAUGUGAUAGGUUCAGAUGACGAGUCAGGUUCAUCAUCAGUGAAGGAUACACAGGUUGAAUUGCCUGGUUUAAACCCAGAGAAUGAGGAUGUAAUUGCAGUCUGUGAAUAUUUUGGGCAAUAUCAAAGGAAAUUGGUGCACCUCUGCAUGGACUCUCAACCUUUUUUGGAAUGAUCGUGCUACCGGUAAAGUCACUCGAUCGCAUUCUUUGACUUGCAAUGAAGUAAUGCAGAGACGAGGCGAGACUCAUCUCAGCCUACACAACCAACAUUAUGUCUUCGACCGGAGAUUGUUGCCGAUUUAGACAGCUAAGCUGGCUGUUCGUACAACUCGUUAAUUAUAAUGUCAAAUAUAUAGUAGCUUGAUGCACCGAUUUUUGCAUCCUAUUAACUUUAAUCCCACAAAACUUUUGGU